UAGAAGGCGGUGUUUAUUUCCCCUAAUUUAUUUAUUUACUUAUUUCCCCUCUGCUUGUGCUAACAAAUGUGUUCUGUUUGUGCAGAGAGAAACAUUCGUUUCAGUUUACCAGCGUCAGUGGCUAUUCUUGCUCCACUUCUCUCUAGCGUCGCCUGCUCUGCAGCCGCGCAGGCUUACAUACAACUUCCCGUCCGAGGAACACGACGAGACGAGGGGCCAGAGCUGCAGGAAAAGAAUUAGCUAAUACUGGGCUGUCUGGUGAAGACGUACGCGUUUGCUGGAAAACCGACCUCCCUUAAGGAAACUAGAAAUUGUUGAAAAUAUUGGGUCGUCGAGGGUGUCUUGUGGCUUAUUUUCUUCGAGUGAGUUGGUUGCAUUCCUCAAGCGGCGUUACUGUCAGGCCGGCCACUAAAUACAGGCUAACCCGGGGAGUUAAUGGGAGCCUUGCCUCGAUAGACCUCCUUUCUCCCCCCGACGGACCCUCGCUCGACAUUGAUUCGGGCGCUGUCCUCACCGGGGGGUGUUGAUCUGAACUGUUGCUCUGACUGCGGGAGGAGGGAGGCCCCCUACCUCAGCAGUCGCUCUGGCCGGCUAUUGUGGAGCCGUAAUAUGGCAGGAAAUCUGAAGAAAGGUGGGGGGCUUAUUGGCAUGAUGAAGGACGCUUUCCAGCCCCACCAUCACCUCCACCACUCCCAUCAUCAACCAGGGGCCGUGGACAAGAAAACGGUGGAGAAAUGCUGGAAACUAAUGGACAAGGUGGUGCGACUGUGCCAGAAUCCCAAGUUAGCGUUGAAGAAUAGUCCCCCGUAUAUCCUGGACCUUCUGCCGGAUACCUACCAGCACCUCCGCACCAUCCUGUCCCGCUACGAGGGCAAGAUGGAGACGCUGGGAGACAACGAGUACUUCCGCGUCUUCAUGGAGAACCUGACCAAGAAGACCAAACAGACCAUUAGCCUCUUCAAGGAAGGCAAAGAGCGCAUGUACGAGGAGAAUUCACAGCCCAGGCGGAACCUGACCAAGCUGUCGCUGAUCUUCAGUCACAUGCUGGCCGAGCUCAAGGCCAUCUUUCCCAACGGCCUCUUCCAGGGCGACAACUUCCGCAUCACCAAGGCCGACGCCGCCGAGUUCUGGAGGAGGUCCUUCGGAGACAAGACCAUCGUGCCAUGGAAGGGUUUCCGGCAGGCCCUUCACGAGUUCCACCCCAUCAGUUCAGGCCUGGAGGCCAUGGCCCUCAAGUCCACCAUCGACCUCACGUGCAACGACUACAUCUCCGUCUUCGAGUUCGACAUCUUCACCAGGCUCUUCCAGCCGUGGUCAUCCCUACUGCGGAACUGGAACAGCCUGGCGGUGACCCAUCCGGGAUACAUGGCCUUCCUGACCUAUGACGAGGUCAAGGCUCGCCUCCAGAAGUUCAUCCACAAGCCUGGCAGCUACAUCUUUCGUCUGAGCUGCACGCGGCUGGGCCAGUGGGCCAUUGGCUACGUCACGGCGGACGGGAACAUCCUGCAGACCAUCCCCCACAACAAGCCCCUCUUCCAGGCCCUCAUCGACGGCUUCCGGGAAGGCUUUUACUUGUUCCCUGACGGUCGCACUCAGAAUCCAGAUCUGACGGGUCUGUGUGAACCGUCUCCACAGGACCAUAUCAAAGUUACACAGGAGCAGUACGAGUUGUAUUGUGAGAUGGGCUCAACCUUCCAGCUGUGUAAGAUCUGUGCCGAAAACGACAAAGAUGUGAAGAUCGAGCCCUGUGGACACCUCAUGUGCACGUCCUGCCUUACAGCCUGGCAGGAGUCAGAGGGCCAGGGCUGUCCUUUCUGUCGGUGUGAGAUUAAGGGCACAGAGCCGAUCGUUGUCGACCCCUUUGACCCCAAAGACAACAGCGGCUGCUCCUAUGGAGGGGGCCGGGGCAUUUUCGGCGCCGAGGGCGCUCCGUCUCCUAGCUACGACGACGACGACGACGACCGUCUGGAGGACCCGCACCUCAUGAUGAGCAAACUGGCCUGCUCCAAGGUGGAGCGCCCCCCCUCUCCUCUCUCCAUGGCCCCGUCCCUGCCUCCGGUGCCUCCGCGGUUAGACCUCCUGCAGCAUCGCGCCCCCAGCGCCCCAGGAGCCUCCAGCCCAGGAGCCACAUCAAAGGUCCCCUCUCACCAUAAAGACAAGCCCCUGCCCCUGCCCCCCGCCCUGCGAGACCUGCCCCCGCCCCCGCCGCCGGACCGCCCCCCGCCCACCGGCCCGGACACCCGCCUGCAGAGACGGCCGCUGCCCUGCACGCCCGGCGACCCGCCCCGCGACAAGCUGCCCCCCACCCCGCCCAACCGCGGCAUGGCCGACUGGAACUCACGGCCCGUGCCCAAGGCGCCCACCGCGCCCUCUCUGAGCGUGGGCGCGGGCAUCGCCGAGCUGAGGGGUGCGGCGGCGUCGGGCGGCGGUGCGGGCGGAGCGUCCUCCCGUGAGCUGUCCAACCGGCACUCUCUGCCCCUGGCGCUGCCCUCCGCCAUGGACGGACGAGUGGAGGCCGCCGCCCGCAACAACGGCCUGGAGCACCAUCUGAGCUUCGGUGCCUCGGUGUCCGGCUGUGCGGAGUACGACAACCCCAAAGUCAAGCCCUCGGCCUCCGCCAACGCCAUCUACUCCCUAGCGGCCAGGCCUCUCCCAGCGGUGAAGCAGCUGGCGUCGGAGGAGGGGGCUCAGAGCGACGAGGAGUCGGACUACAUGAUGCCCAACUCGCGGCCCGUGCUGCCCCCCAUCGGCUCCUCCUCCCUCGUGGAGCCCGCGCCCAGGCCCUCUCAGGCCCCCGUACUCAACUCCAGGACGCUGUUGAAUGACUUGGAUUCUGACGGGCAGCAGAUGUAUGAAGCCAUGUACAACAUCCAGGCCCAGGCCAUAAACACCCCACUGCCACAGCAGGCACGCGAUUCUGACUACUCAGAGCUGCCUCCCCUGGCGAGCACCAACGGCCCCCGAGAGCGAGAUCGCGAUCGCGAUCGUGAUCGUGAGCGGGAGCGGGAGCGGGACCCUCCGAGCGAGGAGGAGGAGAACAGCUACGACAUCCCCAAGCCGCCCCUGCCCAUCGCGCCCGCCCGACGCACCCUCUCCGAGGUGGGCAGCUCCUCGGCCAACUUCAGCCGCCUGUCUCUGGACAGCGACAUCGGCAACGCCGCAGCGUUCUCGGACUGCGAAGCUCCCGAACGUCCUCCGAAGCCGCUGCCCCGGCGGAUCAACUCGGACCGGCGCCCGAGCCCCGUGCCCCCGGCCAGCCCCAUGCCAGUGCUGCCCGUGCUGCCAGUGCUGCCCUCGCUGUCCUCGAUGCCCUCGAUGCCCGUGGCCGCCUCCGCGGCGCCGGCCUUCAGCAGUGAGAUCGAGCACCUGAUGAGCCAGGGCUACUCCUACCAGGACAUCCAGAAGGCCCUGCAGAUCGCCCAGAACAAUAUCGAGAUGGCCAAGAACAUACUUCGCGAGUUUGUCUCCAUCCCCUCCACCGCUCAUAUCCUCACAUAGCACCCUCUGCGCUCUGUCUCUCAUACACACACACACACACACGCACGCAUACACACACACACACACACACACACACACACACUCCUCCAGGCUUCUCGCAGGCUGACCCCUGCUGAAAGCUUACCCUCACUCCCCAGAGCGGCUGCGUUUGUUUCCGUGGCGAUGCGUUGUUGUCGCGCACACGUCCGGUGUAGCCGCCCGCGCCUCAGCCUGCCUGCUUCUUCGGUGAGACUGACCAUGAGGCCGCCUGACUCGCGCUUGGCUUGAGCUCCACAGACUGGCUGUGUGUGUGUGUGUGUGUGUGUGUGUGUGUGUGUGUGUGUGUGUGUGUGUGUGUGUGUG